UGAGCUGUCGGGAGGCAAGGGGUGGGGCCUGUGGCUGCUCACCUGGGAAGGAAAUUGGUGGAAAGAAAGAAAGAAAGAAAGAAAGAAAGAAAGAAAGAAAGAAAGAAAGAAAGGAAAAGGAAAAGAUUUUACGAGAGAGGGAGAAGCGGAUCGCGGCACAAAUUCCUUCAGACAGAUGCCCGAAUGGCGCCCGAUGAUGGCACAGAUUGGCUACUCCAGCUUCUCACCGAAAUUCAGCUGCAGCAGUUUUACACCAAGAUCCGGGAUGAACUUCACGUCACGCGCCCGGGCCACUUUGAUUACGUCAAGCCUUCAGAUCUUGACCGGAUCGGGAUGGGGCGCCCAGGACAGAGACGGUUAGAAGAGGCCUUGAAACGCAGGAAGGCUCAAGGCCAACGUCCCAUGUCGUGGGUCUAUAAGAUGUUCACUGGGGGGCGAAGUCCAGAAAAUGAAGAACCCCCCAACCGGCAGCUCUCCUCCAGCCCCCGUGGGGACGCCGACGUCUCCCUCAAAUGCCUGAUCAGCGAGUGGGACCUACGGCUUCGGGAACGCCUGGGGGACGGCUGCUUUGGGGUCGUCCACCGCGCGGACUGGAGCACGCCGGGUGGCGGAGUCCUUCCUGUGGCCGUGAAGACCUUGCGUUCAGAUGUGUCCUCUGACCCUGGAGCCCUGAUCGACUUUCUCAAUGAAGUCAAUGCCAUGUGCUGCCUACAUCACCCCAACCUCAUCCGCCUGUACGGGGUUGUGUUGACCCAGCCCCUCAAGAUGGUGACGGAGCUGGCCCCGCUGGGCUCUCUGUACGACCGCCUACGGCCGCCGUUCCCGCUCCAUCAGCUCUGGAGUUACGCUCUGCAGAUCGCCCGAGGAAUGGCUUACCUGGAGUCCAAGCUUUUUGUCCACCGGGACUUAGCCGCGCGCAACAUCCUCCUGGCCUCCGAGGAGCACGCCAAGAUCGGAGACUUUGGCCUCAUGAGGCCGCUGUCCAGCAAGAGCGACCGCUACAUCAUGUCCGCCCACCGGCGCAUCCCGUUCGCCUGGUGUGCCCCAGAAAGCUUGCGCAUGGGAGUGUUCACCAGCGCCUCUGAUGUGUGGAUGUUUGGGGUCACCCUCUGGGAGAUGUUCUCCUACUGCGAGGAGCCAUGGAUGGGUUUCUCGGGACGUCAGAUUAUGCUCAAGAUAGACCGGGAAGGUGGACGGCUGGAGCGCCCGGACGAUUGCCCCAGAGGGAUCUACGCCUUGGCCCUGAAAUGCUGGGCCCAUAACCCCGAAGACCGGCCCCGUUUCCGGGAGAUGGUGGGCCUGCUGCAGGAGCUCCGUCCGAAGGAAGUGAAGGCCUCCCGGGACCUGGACGAGCCCGGCUGGCUGAGACUGGACGCCAACGACUCCAUCACAGUAAUCGAAGGCGCUUCUUCUUCUUCUAGUCCAGACUUGUCCACGUGGCGAGGACAGAACAAGCGAACGCUGAGAGUGGGAGCCUUCCCCUCUUCCAUAGCAGCCCUGGAGGAAGCAGUACCGCCUUCGGGGGCACCACAGAUAAGCCGCCCCAUCCGAAACUCCCUUGUUCACCUGGGCCAUGGGGACAUCAACCCCGAGCGGGCGUGGGGUGCUCCGGACCGGAUGGAGGAGAAGAAGCCAAAACCUCGGUCCGGGAAUGCCAGCCCCCAGAGUCAAACCAAGGGCCAGCAGCUGCUCCGUCUGGCGCGCCUCUCCAAGAGCCUUGAGUCCAUCUCAGAUUUUAGCGUCUUGCGCAGCAAAGCGAAGUUCUUGGCGUCCAAACCUGAUCGUCCAGGCUUGCCAGUCCACCAACGGCGCCUGAGUGACCUCCCAGGCCCUUUUCCACCAGCCCUGCCGCCAGAGCAGCCCCGGACAGCCAAGCCGGCCGGCCGGCCACCCAACUCAGCGCUCCCCUCUUGGGCUCUGCCUAAAACAGACUCCUCUCCGGGAGCCAGGGAGAAGGACCAGCGACCGAGUCGGCCGGCCAUCAGAGGAGCUGUGGGCCUGCCCCCGGCCCCUGCGGGGCCCCAAAGACCCACCCUGAGCGACAUAGAGAAGAAGAUCAAGGAGGUGGAAGACCGGCUCCCCGGAGCAACCAUCGAGGAGUGUCGUGAGGCCUUGAGGCUGCACAGCUGGGAUGUCCCGAAAGCUGUCCAGAUGUUGAAGGUAGACCAGCUUUUCCACCUCAGCUCCCACUCGCGGGAGGAGUGCCGGAGGAUUCUGGAGAAGCAUCGUUGGAACCUUGCCAUGGCCUCGCGCUACGUCCUCAGCAGAGGCCUCCGGGCUUGACCCACCUGACCGGAGAGAGUGGCCAGCCAAGGAGGACAGAGU